GCCCAGGACCUGAAUGUGAUUGAGGAGGUGAUCAGGAUGAUGCUGGAGAUCAUCAACUCGUGUCUGUCUAACUCUCUACACCACAACCCUAACCUGGUCUACGCCCUGCUCUACAAGAGAGAGCUCUUCGAACAGUUCAGAACACACCCCUCCUUCCAGGACAUCAUGCAGAACCUCGACACAGUGAGUGAGAGAGAGAGAGGCAUACGAACGAGUGCUCACAUGCACAUACAGACGGACACUGCUCAGACACACGCGCGCACCCCAUUCCAAUGAAUUGAAAUUGAAUUGAAACAUGAAUCCAACAGGCAAUUUGCAAUUUAUUAACAGGAUUUAGAAAGCAUAAGACUUCAGAAUAGUUUUGUGAAAAAGCUUUGUAAGUUUUGGUCACUAUUGAACUGUUAGAAGGAAGAAGAAACCAGCACAGUACAACUCAAUUCAAGUUUCUGAUUUGUAUUGAUGAAUAAAAUAAGUCCACUCUCUGUACCCUCAUGGGGCUGAUAGUAAAAUAUUAAUUCAGAACAUGAUUAUGUUGUCGAGAGCUACACUAGCUGUCAUUCAGUCUUCCAACAAGUGUCUAGGGACAGUUAAGACAGAUGGCAGCUUAAUCUUCACUAGUCCUUUCCCUGUUACCCAGCCCUGCUGCCUCUAAUGCUUGUAUGUGCUGCAGCCUGUUUGAGAGGUCUGCCUGGGACUCUGGAGCAAGGCUGGUUUAGUUUCUGCUCCUUAAAUUAACCCCAUAUGGGAAACCUUCAGACCCAAUGAAGACAUCAGUAGACAUGCUGUUCUCAGACACAGAUCGUGUCGGGAGUUGUAGUAGAAGACGGAUUAGGGAUGUAGUGAUUCACCGAUACGCAUCGGUCCCCGGUUCAAAUGUUGAAGAUGUGAGUGCAUCGGUCCGCGAGAGCCCAAACUGAUCCAAAUGAAGCAUGCAUCAGUAAGAGAACCUAUUCAAACGUUCCGAAUCGGUUCACUGUUUUUUACUCAUCUUUUUUUCGGACUUAUUCCGAAAAUACUCUAAUGUGUUGGGACUGAAUUGAUGCAUCCUCUCCUUCAGCCUAUUGAAGUUUUAUGCAUGUAACUGCGUAUGACAUUGUCAAAUUCAACCCGUUGUAGAAUGUUCUUUGCUUACCUGGCUGUUCUCGCAGUGCAAUCACUGAGACAAUGUAGUGUGCCGUGUCAAAAGUAUGGAAACAUGGACAGACCAUAGGACAGUUCGUCCAAAUCCACUAAUCAAAUCACAACCAAUCGUUUCAAACUAUGCCAAUGUAUCUAGAUGCGUAUCGAAUCGUCAUUGUAAAAGAGAGAUACACAUCCCUAGGGCGGAUUCAUAUCCCUCGUCUCCUCUAUCCAUUCCCUCCUCUCUUUCCUUCCUCUCUGCUCUCUACCAGUGUGAUCUUAUAACCCAGAACCAAAUGUUGAUAUUGAUGUCGACAUUAAUUAGAAUCUGUCAUAAGAGACUACUACCAGUGUAACGAAAGCAUGUAACGAAAGAGAAGAAACAUUCCCUUUUUGAAAGUAGAACCCAAUGUUUGUAAUGUGAAAUAAAAUGACUGACUAUUACUUGCUUUUUAUAGGCCAAAUCUCACCCAAACACUCUUCUUUUGAAAAGCAGCAGAUUUAUUCUCCAGAAUCAUUCAAGCUGCCUUGAUCUUAUAGCCCAUGUUGCUAGGAUACGUUUAUCAGCUGUUUGUCUAACUUCAGACUACACCUGGGCAGUGUUGUGUAGGUGGUCUCGAGUCAAGACCAAGACGGUAGCAAAUCGAGUACGAGUCAAGUACAUGAUUGUAAUUUUGUCAGAUCGGCACCAUAAUAAGAGCUCCAAAUAUACAGUAAUUAUUUGUCAAUAUUUCAGAACAAAAUAUGGAUUCUUUAGCCAUUCAGAAUGGUGGAAAAAUGUAUUCUGUGGGCAAAUAGAGAGCCACUCUUCAAAUGAUCACUAACCAUGGUCUGUAAAUAAUGUUACAAUUUCCCCCAGUCUCCCCUCAGCGAGUGCGCGACUCUCAAACAAUUUCCCACAGUCUUCCCUUCUAUGGGAGCAAGGAAAUUCCGAAGCGCGUGACAAGGUUUGAGGAUAUGUUUCAACAAAAGUAAAGGACCAUAAUGUUACGAGUAAAGUAGAAAGCCCAGGUUUUAAUAGGCUAUAAGAUAUAAUUGUUUCAUGAAAGGAGUGUGGAUCUCUGGCCUGGCAAAGUGAUUUUAUGUGCUGACUGAACAGGGGCUGAUAAUUGAGUUUUUAACUCCACUGGGGCCUCAUUUAUAAACCUUGCGUACGCACAAAAUAUGCCCCAAAACAUGCGUGUGCCAAUUUUCACGCAAAAGUUGGAAUUUAUAAAAACUGAACUUCACGUGAGAAUGUGCUUAUCCUCCCGCAAUCUUUAAACCAUGCGUACGCACAGUUUCUAGUGGUUGAAGUAUUGCAUUUCACGAAUGCAAAAGUAGCUUAGUAGUAGCAAAUGGGGAAUAUACACUGAGUGUACAAAACAUUAGGAUCAACUGCUCUUUCCAUGACAUAGACUGACCAGGUGAACGCUAUGAUCCCUUAUUGAUGUGACUAGUUAAAUCCACUUCAAUCAGUAUAGAUUAAGUGGAGGAGACAGGUUAAAAACAGAUUUCUAAGCCUUGAGACAAUUGAGACAUGGAUUGUGUGCCAUUCAGAGGGUGAAUGGUCAAGACAAAAUAUUUAAGUGCCUUUGAAUGGGGUAUGGUAGUAGGUGCCAGGCGCACCGGUUUGAGUGUGGCAAGAACUGCAACGCUGCUGGGUGUAUCAAGAAUGGUCCACCACCCAAAGGACAUCCAGCCAAGUUGACACAACUGAGGGAAGCAUUGGAGUCAACAUGGGCCAGCAUCCCUGUGGAACGCUUUCGACACCUUGUAGAGUCCAUGCCCAGACGAAUUGAGGCUGUUCUGAGGGCAAAAGAGAGUGCAACUCAAUAUUAUAUCAAUAUUAAUUUUGUACACACAGUGCAUGAUGACACUCUUAUUCAUAACAAAAAAACAGGUAGCUAAAUAUAAUAACAAAAUGCAAUAAUUUGCUGUUAGUGAGAAGAGCAAAAAUCUUGGCGUAUUUAUUUUCUUUGGAUUCUAAAAUAAUUCGAAAUAGGUAUCUAUUUCCUACUAUUUAUUUCAUGUCUCUGAUCAUUGCAGAAUCAAUUCCUCACCUUUUCUGACUCUAGCUAGGUUUCCAUCCAAUUGGUGACAGAUUUUUAUGCGAAUAUUAAAAAAUCUGCAUUUUCCCACGAGAGAUGUUUCCAUCAAGUGGACUUGUUGCAGGUAAAAGGCUGUGCGUGAUGACGUAGUGCAAAUAAAAAUACCUUUUGCGGUUAAAUUCCCAUUUACCGAAUAAAAAAUACAUUUUGAACUCUACUGAUGGUUUUCUCACCAAAAAUGUUGCGUUACAUAGCAAGUGUGCCCACUCUGGUAUUGGCACGUGCACUCUAGCCAACAGCGCUAUCUGCGUGCUGUUGGCUAGACGCACGUAUAUCCUACAUGAUGAGAUUAUUAUUAUUAUUAUUAUGGACAAAAAAGCGAGAUUAUUUUUAGUUGUCAAACGGUAGCCAAUCAUCGAUCAUCAUGUCACUAGAAUAAGACCCUUGAUAUUUAUUGGAAAGGAACAUCAAGCUCAUCACCUUGCACUUUCACCACCCUGUGAAUUUCAUCAUAAUUUAUUUAAUCUGAAGCCUAAUAAACUGCAUGGUUUCCCGAGUCGUAGUGGGAGGACCAAACAUGUCAUCACGUGACUCCAAGUUCACUUCAAUAUGAUGGUUAUUAUAUCAAUAUUUGCUCAUAAAAGCGGCGGUCAUAAAAAAAAUUAUCCGACAUGUACUUUACUCGCAUAGAAAGGUUUGAUGGAAACCUGGUUAGUGAUGGUUUCAUACUCGAGGAAUAACUUAUAGGCCUAUACAACAAGUUAGGAUAGGCUACCAUUCGUCCCAUCUCUCAUUUAAUUGGACCCACUUCACAGUAGUAAAUAGAUAAGCUAUGUCAAGUAUUUUGGUCAAUGCGAUUCAAUUUGAAGCACAGUUUGACGGUAGAACAGACGGUUCACCUUUUCCAUUGACGUUUGUAGGCUAUGUCUGAAAACGGUAUUUUCUCGAGUCUAUUAGAUAGGCUACUAUAAUUUGUUUUUGCUCUAUGCAUCUGAAAGGGAACUCUGGUUAUAACACAGGCCUACAAUAGAAUUUGACAGGUGAACAGACAGUUUAUCUUUUGCAUUUAAUGUGUGUAGGCUACCACUGCAUGUAGGCCUACUGUAGUUUUAUUUUUGUUUCAGAAUUCGCGGCCAGUGCAGCAUAUUUAGGUUCGGGAAAAAGUAAAUGCAAAACAUUAUUGAAUGCAAAUGAUCUGUUUACAGGUCUAAAAUGAUUUGUUAUUGUUUUUGUGUUUCCGAAAAGGUCAGAACAGCAAAUUUCACUGCAAAAGAAAACAUUCUGCCACCUCCAAAGACAUUUGAUCAAGUUCGCCAUUGCUAUUUCCUUUAGAUACUGUCUUGGCCUAAUUCCAAUACUUCCAAAGUAUAUAGCAAAGAAGGGCGUUAUUGUCACCAUAAAAGGUGAAUGAUGGGCUUUUUUCAGGUGGAGUUAUAAUACUCAUUCACGCGUGCACAGUUUUACAACAGGUCUAAUUUAUAAUGGGACACAUAUGUAUGGCUUGCGCCAAGUUUAUAAAUCUCUAUUUUUUGUGUAAAAUGUACACAGUGGUUAUAAAUGAGGCCCCGGGUCUCGGCUGGUCUCACGAAGAAACUACGAGUCCUCAUUGUCCCGAAGUUGAGUCAAGACCGAGUAAAAAUGGAUCCGAGACACUAUGUGGUCUACUACAACCCUGCCUGAGGGGGUGAUGGUGAGGGGGUGACGUCUGUUGCAAUGGUAAACUAGUGUGAAGACCCAAAGCACAGGAUUAAAUGAAUUAGGAUCCAGAUGAUACAAAUAGAAGCUGAGAAGAGAUGAUAGUUCAAUCAGAUCAACAUAUGUUAUUGAUGUACAGAGACGAGACUCAUUGAAGUGUAAAUUCUCUUGAGUGUCAGUGGUGUCAAAGAAAAGCACUGCCUCAGUUUCAUGAAAGACUAGCCUUUCACAGUCAUGAAAAGACUAGACCUCAAAUUGUAACUGUGUGUAAUUGUUCACUUACAAUUACACACACACAGACGAAAAACACUAUCUCUCUCACACUACGCGCACACACACACACACACACACACAAAAUACUGAAAAACAACAGUUAAACUGAAAGGUUCCUAAAGCUAACAUACACACACACACAGGUCCUUUUCCUGACGUGUGUGUCACUGUCCCCCCAGGUGCUAAGUUUCUUCAGCCAGCGUCUUGAGGCAGCAGGGACAGACCUGUCAGUAGAGAGGGUUCAGGAG